UCCGCCCCAACAAAAAAAAAAUAUGUAUCUAGUACAGCCGAGAGGAUAGGUAGGAGAGAGCAACAGAGAGCGGCCAUGGCAAUGCCCACCUUCCACCUCGCCCCCGACCUGCCGCCCGUCUCGCGCCUCUGCCUCGGGACCAUGACGAUGGGGGAGCAAAGCGGGCCGCCGGAAUCGCUCCGCCUCCUCGACGCCGCCUACGACGCCGGCGUCAACUUCUUCGACUCCGCCGAGAUGUACCCGGUGCCGCAGCGCGCGGAGACGCACGGGCGCAGCGAGGAGCUCGUCGGCCGGUGGCUGCGGGCCCGGCGGGUCCCCCGCGACAGCGUGGUGCUCGCCACCAAGGUCGCCGGGCCGUCUGGUCAGAUGACGUGGAUCCGUGGCGGGCCGGUGGCUCUCGACUCCAGGAACAUCACCGAGGCAAUCGAUACUAGUUUGCGCCGAUUGGGUGUGGAUUACAUCGACCUCUACCAGAUACAUUGGCCUGACCGUUAUGUUCCUAUGUUUGGAGAGACGGACUACGAUCCGACCCGUCAGUACGCGUCUAUACCGAUGGAAGAACAGCUAAAGGCACUUGGAAAAGGCAUAGAGACUGGCAAGAUCAGGUAUAUUGGCCUUAGCAACGAAACACCAUAUGGGUUGAUGAAGUUCCUUCAGCUGAGUAGGGAUUUACAGCUGCGAUCCAAGAUACUAACAGUCCAAAACUCGUAUAACCUGCUGUGUCGCAAUUUUGAUGCUGGAUUGGCAGAAUGCUGCCAUCACGAGAGAAUCAGUUUGCUGGCCUACAGUCCCAUGGCAAUGGGUAUACUUUCAGGGAAGUAUCACUCAUCUGAUGACAGCAGACCGCCAGAUGCAAGGAUGAAUCUUUUCAAAGGAAGAUACUCCGAGGGUGAAUCCAGAUACAAUCUGCAGAACCCCAAACUGGAAUCGGCAGUGAAGGAAUAUAGAAGAAUUGGCGCCAAGUAUGGCAUUUCACCGUCAAUCCUAGCAGUUGCAUUUGUACUAAGACACCCCCUCGUGGGAUCAGUUGUUUUCGGUGCUACUAAAUUAUGGCAGCUCGAAGAGGUUCUUCAGGCCACAGGGGUCCAUCUCUGUGAAGAAAUUUUGGCAGAGAUCAAUGAUGUCCAUGCAAGAAUCCCCAAUCCUUGUCCAUAAGGUUCCAAAGAAAAGAUCAUUUUCUUUGUCCAUUGCAAUAUCCAGAUAUGAUGAAUAGGCAGUAGCAAUUUCUGCAUGUCAUCCAUGCGAACCUUCUCUGUACCGUUCCAAAUUUAUCAUUGUCUCUGAAGGGCAGCAAUUUUGCAACGGCUGAGUCAGACAUCUACUUGUCUUAUUAAUUCACCUCAGCCUUGUCAGUUUCAUGAAACAUAUGAAUUGACUGUUUUAUGCGGGAAUUUGCGUCUCUAUUGUGUUCUUCUGUUGACAGACUCAGAA